UCGAAGUUGCACCAAUAAGCCGAUACCGACUCCCACGACAAGACGAACACUCGCAUCGAUCCUCUGGAUUACCAAAGGCUCCCAAACUUACAAAACACCCAACUUACAAUACACCCUGCACGCACAGCCCUCGGACCGCAUCCCUUGCGACAACGUUGCCGCCCACUCGACACACCUCUGCUCCGGCUUUCUCUUGAUCGUCGUGGGUAAAAAGCAUCCUACAAGAGUCCAGCCCCAAUGUCACGACGGCACACCACCAUCGUAAUCGACCAAGGACACCCUACGUCCCGAUCAAAUUCUUUCAGCGAGGGAGAAGACUCGUCCUCCCACCAGAGUCAAGAAUACAGUUCCGGCGCGCUGGGCCUUAUCACCAUUCGCGCUCGAGGUCUCGUUCUCGUUCUCGCUCUCACCACGCUGCCCCGCGGCGGCACUCUGGAUUCCUCAGAGGACUACGGGUCGCCGUUUGGCGCCCGCGGUGGUCCCUACGGUCCCCCGGGCCCUGUCGGCGGCCAUAACCCUUACUUCGGCGGUCGUGGCGGGCCAUCAACAACCUGCAUCGCCCGGCGGGAUAUCCCUCAGAGCCAGAUCCCCCCUCAUAUGCAGCAAUACAUGUAUUCGCCACCCCCUCCUCCAGCGACCGAGGCGCCUGCUCCCCGUCCAAAAACCCCAGCUGCGCCUGAGCCGCCCAAGCCUGACCCAGAGAAGGAGAAGAUGCAGGAGCAGCUCAAGGCUUUCCAGGCACUACAGGCAAAGAAGGAGGAGGAGGAGAGGCGGCGCGAGUUUGAGGCCAAGAUUCGAAGAGACACUGAAGAGCAGCUAAAGAUUCGGGAAGACGCCCGCAGAAAAGCCACCGAGGAGGCAAAGAAGGAGUUCGAGCUCGCCAAGGCGGAGGCGGAGCGAGCCGCACGCGAGAAGAUGGAAGCCGAGCGGAAACAUGAGGCCGAACAAGCCAAACUCCACGCCGAAACCAUGGCCAGAAUCCAACGGGAGGCCAAGGAAAAGUACGAGGCAGAAAUGAAGGCGGCUGCCGAGCAGAAGAAGCGGGAGGACGACGCGCGUGCGGCAGCCGAGGCCGCUGCGCGGGCAAAGUUUGAGGCCCAGCUCAAAGCUGAAGCAGAGGCCAAACUCGCUGCAGACAAGAAGGCCGCGGAGGACGCCGCAGCGAAGAAGAAGUGGGAGGAGGAAACCAAAGCCAAAGCCGAGGCUGAAGCGCGGGCCAAGCUCGAAGCCGAGACCAAGGCAGCAGAGAAGGCUGCGGCGGACGCUGCCGAGAAGAAGAAAGAAGAGGAGGCCAUGAAGAAGAAGCUCACCGAAGAAGCCAAAGCCAAGUUCGAGGAAGACGCCAAGAAGACGAAGGACAAGGCGCCAAUCAAGUUCAAGGAUGCAGUGGGAAGGAAAUUCAGCUUCCCGUUCCACCUUUGUGCCAAGUGGGAGGAUAUGCAAGACUUGAUCAAGCAAGCCUUCCAGCACGUCGAUGUUAUCGGACAGCAGGUGCAAGACGGCCACUAUGAUCUGAUCGGGCCCAACGGCGACAUUAUCUUGCCCCAGGUCUGGGACAAGGUGCUCGAGCCGGACUGGACGAUCGAGAUGCGCAUGUGGCCCGAAAGUAAGUCGGCGCAGAUGCAUGCGCAGCGACACGGCAUACCGCCCGGAUUCGCUGGUGUGCAGAUGCAGAUGCGACCGGGUGGUGGCCGGGAUCCUCGAGAAGAAAUGCGUGCGCGCCUGGCGCACAUGGCGGCACACGGACAGCGCCCAAUGCAGAUGCCCCCCGGCAUGAUGCCUGCCGGGGCCAGGCCCGGGGGUGGCGGCCACCACGUACCGCCACCUCCUCACAUGCACCGUCCUAGCGAGCGGCCGGGUCGGGGGAUCCCGCCAGGCGUUGACGUCGUCACUGCUGAGCCACCAAAGAGGAAGUCCAAGACCGCCGGUUCUGGAUUUGCAAGCUGGGUCGCAGGAAAGCCAUCGAAGAAGAAGUCGUCAAGGAAGUGAGAUGCGGACUCGACCGGUUCUGUUUUUGGUGGCAUGCCGCUGCACAAGAUCAGGCCAUCAUCUCGUCUCGCUCGGUCGGUCAGCAGCAGUGGUCAGAUUUCAUUAUUUUUUGUCGGGCGCGGGCGCUAUUUGCCACAUAUGAUACCUUGCUGCGUUUGCCAUUCAAGACUCGUCCUGCAUUUGAGCCACUCUUCGGGAACACAUCAUGGCGGGGGAUCACUUUCUUCAGAGUCUAUAGCACCUGGAUGCUGAGGCAUGAUGUAUGACGGAUGGAAGGGUGUAGGGGGAGGGAAGAGGUUAGAAAAGCUGCGCCCUUUUUCCUUUCUCGCCAGAUACAUUCACCAGGAUACGUUGGAGCUGGCUGGUUGUUUUAAGGUUGCGCAAGGAUUGGAGAAUUGGGGUGUACACAGGUGGGACAGGAACGGAACGGUACAAGUGUGAAGUUGUGAUUUGGUGCAUUGUCAAGUCUGCUGGGGUUUUUUUUUUUCAAGUC